ACAAAAGAGGGAGAGAGAGAUGAGGUAGCAACAUAGCAAGCACAAGAGCGCAAUUUGACAUCCCACGGCGUGGUCUGUAGCCUAAUUUUACCGUUACCGUUUACCAUAGCUUGUAUCAAAAGAAAAAGACAAUUCGCGGAACUCUGGGUGGAGAUUUUAAUCGUAGCUUACUGAACUUGUGUUCUCUUUUCUCGCACGUUACAUUUUCUGUAAUAUUUGGAAUUGUGAUCAAGAAAAGCAAAAUGUUAAGGAUAAUGUUUCAUGUCACUCAAUAAGAUCAGUUGAAGAAGAUCAAAAGUCCAAUCAAGACCAAUCAACAAACAGGCCCAAACUACCAGUGAAAACAACAUCGUCCGCAUUCUGCCAUGGCUUCCAACACCAAUGCUGCCCCCAGUGGAGCGGAGGGAGAACAGCAGCCGGAGCAGACUAUCACCUCCCAGCCAACCAGCGCUGAGCACCAAGAGACAGCCCCUGACUCCAGCCAAUCGGAACCCAAAGACCACUUGGCAGUAAUCAGCGAGAAGAUGGAGACCAGUAAUGGAAUGUGUGCUGCCGACUCCUCGCCCACAUCUUCCAUCUCGUCCCCCAAGCGACUGCCACACGCAAAACCAACCAACGGCCGGGCGCGGAAAGGAAGCCGCUCUGGGUCCCUGCUGGGUCAUGGGGCAGGGUCUCCCAGGCCUUCCAUCAGCCGUCAGCCCAGCACUGUGACAGAAGAGGACAACGGCAAGCCCCCUAGAGACUACCUGAUCCUGGCCAUCCUGUCCUGCUUCUGCCCCUUGUGGCCCAUCAACAUCGUGGCUCUCGUCUUCUCUGUUAUGUCGAGGAACAGCCUGCAGCUGGGGAACGUUGACGGGGCGCGGCGUCUGGGCCGGAACGCAAUGGUGCUGUCCAUCGUCUCGCUAGUUGGCGGGGUCAUCAUCAUCAUCGCAGCCAUCGUCUUAAACUGGGGAAGUAUAAUAAAAUCCUGAGGUUCACCAUGGAAACCAGGAGCAAGAUCACAAGACAGCACAAAAACAACCAUCCCAACCAGACUUUUCCCCUUUCCUACGAUCAAAGCACUAUUCUACAAAAGCACCUGCAACCUACAGUAUAGUCCCUAGUCUCUUUUUUCUUUGCUGCACGAGCAUGUAUGGCCUGUAAUAUGUUCUCUGAAACGGAUAGACAAGUCCCUCAUCUCUACCUUCUACACCACGGAUCCCAACGCUGCCACCAGUGGUGUAGUGCACGGUAAACGUAUGUAAUCGCCGGAUACGCACGUUUUUAAAUUUUGCUCAAGUUUUUACCCACCUUUUGCAGACAAAUGCAUUAUUGACCGCGAACAGUGAUCAGGAGUUACCCACCUAUUUUUGUUGACCACUCGUCACUGGCUGCCGCCAUCACUCAGAAAGUCGAAGGCGUCAUGUAGAACAACACUGAGGUAGGAUAGACAGUGACAACCAGACUGAUUCCUCUGAAUAAGAGAGACACGUCUAACUCUGGUCAACGAUGCCAUGAUCCCCUGCAAUGGUUGCAUGAGUCUCUCAGACUGUAUUCAAAGUCUCUGCAUAGUUUUCUGCUCCUCCCGAGCUGCUCUUCCCAGGCUGCUCCUCCCAGGCUGCUCCUCCCAGGCUGCUCCUCCCGAGCUGCUCUUCCCAGGCUGCUCCUCCCAGGCUGCUCCCCCCCGAGCUGCUCUUCCCAGGCUGCUCCUCCCAGGCUGCUCCUCCCGAGCUGCUCCGAGCGUGACAAAACACGGUGUCGCCGGGAAAGGACAUCUGCUUUUGUCUGUACUGGGAUUAUUUUCUUCCACUGUACCAUUCAUCUCCAGUCAGUCCACACCACUGUAACACAACCAAGGGAUCCUUUUAACUGUGACGUCAGAAAACAUCUCACACUAUGGGAGCAAGUUAAAGAAGUCAAAGGGAGAGUUAGGGAGGGAGGUGACAGGAUUGGAAUUGUUCUUUGAUAAAUGUGAUGAUGUUGAUGGGGGGUGGCUUUUUUGUUCUGAAUUUGUUCCAUAUCGUUCUUUUCUGUAAAGGGAGGGAGGAGUUAGAGACAGAUGGGACCAUCUGUAGUUUGAUUUAGGGAAAAACCUGGGGUCUCCAUCUAUCUUUGCUUCAUCGUCUUUGUUUAAAAAUACCUGGAAUCUGGGGAGAAUGAGCCACUCUGUGUUGGGGAUUGAGGCAGGGCUGGUAACUCGCAUGCACGCUUACCCCCCCCCCCCCCCCCCCCAGUUACACACAGAGACACAGGCAGGCACACCCAUACGGCGGAAUGACAUUCUCAUUGGCUGAGAGAAGGAGGGAGAUAAAGAACAGGAGAGGAGAAGAGGGAGGGGAGGAUUGGGGAUAGCUGCAUGGGCUUCAGUCCUUUGUUUGGCACAGAUAGAGGCAAAGAGGAUGUGUGUGUGUGUGUGUGUGUGUGUGUGUGUGUGUGUGUGUGUGUGUGUGUGUGUGUGUGUGUGUGUGUGUGUGUGUGUGUGUGUGUGUGUGUGUGUGUGUGUGUGUGUGUGUGUUUGCGUGUUUUUGCGUGUGUUUGCGUGCGUGUGAGAGAGAGAGACAGAGAGGGAAAGAGAAAGAGAGAUGGUGUGGUGCUUGAUACUGAUGCAGGAUAAAAGUCAGAGAAUAUACUAGACUGGAAAAACAGACUGAGCAGAGACGGUUCUAGAAUAAACACAAAAGACAGGCAGUCAUUUUUAUUUUGUUGCUUACUCUUCAUUUCCCCAGCUUCUGUCCAGUAUAUACCUCCAUAUCAUCUAUUCCUUAUUGGUAACUUAUUCAUUCAUUUUACCUUUACUUUAACAGGGUGUCCUAUUGAGACCAGGGUCUCUUUUGCAAGGGAGCCAUGCAUCUUCCAAUUCCACAACAACAAUGUUAUGACAGUCUGCUUGACAGUAUUCACACAAUUCUAAACAUAGUCUACCAUCUCUGGUCAGUUUGAAUUCAUUCCUCUCACUUCAGUAUUGCAAAUAUAUUGCCCACUUUACCUCUCACCUCUCUAAGUAUGUAUUCGUUAUCUUUGAUGGUUGCCUCUUAUGUUCAAAUUCUAUACAAAUGCCUCACUGGGGUGUUUGGUCAGUUGUUACUCUCUCUCCUCCCUGGUCAGUAUCAGCUCCUAUGUGCUUAGUGUUUGCCCUUGUCUGGUUGUUAUUCACAGAGCAGAAUGACCUCUUCUCCCUCUGGGAGUCAGUCAGUGUGUCACUGUGUGCCAAAGUCUGGAAUGUGAGCCAAGCCACAUACAGUAGGGGCAAGGCAGUCUUUUGCUUGACUCUGGCUGAGUGCUCUGUCGGUGUGUGUGUCUGUGUGUGAGUGAGAGAGAGAGAGAGAGAGCAAAAGAGUGUGAGAGAGGAAUGCAGUGUAACACUGUGUGUGUGUGUGUGUGUUUUUGUGUGUGUGUGUGUGUGUGUAAAAGAUAGUCUUUAAGAGUGUGCGUGUGUGUGUGUGUGUCUGCCCACGGAUGCUGUUUUUAGUGGAGAAGCAGUUGAGUCAGUCCCCUCCCACUCAGUUUAAAGGUGUCAUAUUCCACUUGGCUCCCACAUUCCCUUCACUUCCUGAGCCCAGUCCCCUGUGCAUGUUUACAGUAUCGUUUACAGUGUGUUAUACUUAGGAGUUUAAUGGAGGCUGGGUUAACUCUAAUGCUUUUACACCAAGGACAUCUUUAGGUAGCUGAGAGGCUCGUUGACCCGUACAGCGCGUUGUAAAUAAAUCACAUGCAUAUUUAUUUGUCAUGACGACACAUGAUGUUCACGUCCAAAGUUGACUUUUUCCACUGCGAUUUGUUUGGGGGUCCAGAAUAAUCUAUGCCAAUUUGUUAUUUUGAGACUCUGCCCGACCCGACCGUUUGGAGCACUUCCUCAGAACCACCCUUGAGGUCUACGCUAGCUACCAUAGAAAGGCUACAAUAUGGUUGAAAACCAAAGGGGAAGGUUUCACAUGAGUGGGAAGGUUUCACAUGAGUGAGAAUGUUCCACUCUGACAGUGCCAGAGUUUGAUGUUUGGAAGGUUAGUGAGGGGGUGUGUCCCAAUAAUAUAUCCUUUCUACUGAAGUGUACACUCGUUCAAUAGUUCCCACUAAUCUAAAAGCAUUGGAUUAGUGGAGGCAUGCAGGGUGGGAAAUUCCGUUUUUAGUCCAUCAGCCGUGGAUGCCCAAAUUUGACCAGACACAAAAAUAUAUGUGUUUUUUUUUUCAACAAAAAUAUGACAUGUGGGCUUCGGAUUGAACAAAAAAAUAAAACUGCUCCAAAAUGCUCUGUGUGAUCACCCAUCGAUGUGGCUGGUAAGAAAAAACAUUCUACCAGCCAAUGGCAAAAUCUACCAGCAUUUGGCUGGUGGCUGGUUUUCCUGUCCCACCCUGGAGGCAUUGGCUAGAGGGAGUUUCUACAAUACGUAUUGUACCAGUUAUUUAUUUUCAAAUCAGUGAAGGGAAGUUAACAAGUGCACACUUUGGGAGGAAGGAGAGAUCAUCAGGACAUUUCCCAAGUCUCUUGUAACCCCAUUCAAGCCAAAGUGUAGCAUGUCUGUUCGUACUAACCACAUAAGCAAAAAAUAUUUGCAGCUGAAAGUGAAAGCUGACUUUUGGCUUCUUUUAUUUCCAUUUCUCAAUGGUUGUGCACAAAUAUGGAUAUUUAACCUGCUUGCACUAUAUUGUAGAUGUAUGUAUAUAUUUAUUUAUAUACCUGAUUAUGCCUUUGGUUUGAUAUGGACUGUUAUUGAGUUAUUAAAUGCUAUUAUUUGUAUUAUUCCAUUAUUAUCAUCACUAGUAUCACUAUUGUCAUGAUUAUGGUCCUAUUUCACUGUUAUCUCUGCUAGAGUUGUUGUUCUCUUUAUGACAAUAGAACAACACAAAGGAAACAAUAUUCUACAAUGGCCUUCGCUGUUAUUCAACCCGGUUGGUUUCUGAGCUUCCUUGACAAGAAAACGGCACAAAAAAAAAGCAUGUUUACAGUAGUUACACAAUUCAUAUGCAGAUACCUUAUGUGAUCACAACGACGAUGACCAACCAGUUCAUGAGAUAAUUUAUACACACACCGACAUAAAUGUCUUGAGUAAUCUCCACCUUUUCUUAGUAAUUUCCUAUUAAUCUCUCAGGUCUUUCUUUCUCCCACCAAUUCAUGAAUUCCUUAAUUACGGACAUAAUUAUUCCCAACUAAUUCAUGUUCUUCUGAUCCUCCUGUUUUCUAUAGAUUAUCAUUAUUUUAUUAUAUGCUUUUAUCCAAAGCGAUACAUUUUUACAUAUGGUUGGUCCUGGGAUUCGAACCCACAUUCCUGGCAUUGCAAGCGCCACACUCUACCAACUGAGCCAUGUCGGAUCACUUUACAAUUAUCUAUUUGAUCCCCUUUCAUGUUUGUUGUAAACUACAUCCUGUCCAAUAUAAUCUAUAUCCUGUUUUGAUAUAUUAUCUCUUUGGAGGAGAGAUCUUGGUUCACUCCCAAAUGAAACUCUACUCCAUUUCUAGUCCCAUGGGGCUCUUGUCAAAAGUAGUGCACUAUAUAGGGAAUAUGGUGCCGUUUGGGAGGUAGCCGGUGGUACCAGACCAUCGGCCCACUUAGUUAAUCAGUGUUGUUGUUCUUAUUGUCGUUGAUUACAGAUCUAUAAUAUAAUCCUGAAUCAGACAUCUGUGCCGACUUGCCUGACUGUGCAUGCCUUAAUUGACUGCUUUAUAAACAUACAGUAUGAGUAUGUAUGUACACUACUAUGUUAAUCCAAUAUAUUGAUAAAGCACUCUGUAUUGAUCUUGAUCCUGUUUGAUUAUUAAUGAUUAUUGAUCAAGUUUGAAAGGAACCUUGUGAAUAAACCCUAGUUGAGUACGA